UCCGUCAUUUGCUUAAACCUGUUACGUAGAUUUUCUUUGCACUAGACGUUGUUUUGUUUUCUGCUGGAUAGUUCGGUUUUAUUUUUCUAUAUUGUAAUCUUGCGGGAGAGACUGAAUAUAUAAGCAUCUAUAAUACUGGUGAUUUUUUUCAGUUUAAUGUUUGAGCUGAGCGGCUCUCGGCUUUAUCAGCAAAGGCCCCCUUGGGAAUUGUCUGGUUCCACGGAUUGCAUGAUUGCACCUAUUGAACACAGGCAACACGAGUUUUUGCCUGCUUCGUUAAACCCUUACAGGGUAUCAGCAGACUUGGGUUUGCAUGAAUUCGGAUUCUAUGGCUUGCUCGAAAGAGGCCUUACUACUGACGGUAAUGGCUCGAUACAGAAAUCCUUUCCGUACAUUCAAGCCUCACUUCCUCAAAAUCAAUAUCCUGGGGAACGGAGUCCUUUGUUCCCCGCUCAAAUUAAUGAGAAACCAACUUCACUUGAACAGCCUUCUGCGCAACAGAAGAAGUUUCUCAUAUUUGAUCGGUCAGGAAACGAAACUAGGUUAAUCUAUAGUUCUCUGCAUCCUCGGGUGGAGAAUCUGACUACUCCACUGGGUUCUGCUUGGAAUCCACCUGAAAAGUCAGUUGGUGUGUACCACCACUAUCUUGCUGAUAAACAAGGAAUAAUUGCGGAACAAGCUUGGACUAGGACUCCCGCUCUUUGUGAGGAAUCGGGUGAGAACGAAAUCAUCGAUGAAUUCGAUGAAAUGCGUGAAGACUCGCAAGAAAUCAAUGCCUUGCUUUUUUCUGAGGAUUAUGAUGAUGAUGAUGACCAUGACGAUUGUAAUGGUGAGGAAGACGAUGAAGUAAGCUCUGGUCACUCCCCAUUAGCCCGAAACAGAGAAUCUGAAAAGCCAGAGGACCAAUCGCAAGAGGUUGAAAAUGAUCUUGAUACUGAAGGGGCUAGUUCAGCGAGAUCUUCCAAACGUCAGAAGAACCUUCAUGGUGAAUAUAAUAAUAGACUACAACAAGGUCUAGCAUACGAGGGUGUCCGGGAUUUUAUUGGUGCUCUUGAUGAGGGAGUGUGCCCUUCGGUUGGAAACAAACGUGAUAGAAAGGAUAAAAUCCAUGAUACGUUGAGAGUCCUUGAGAGAUUAAUUCCUGGUUUAAAGAGCAAGGAUCCAUUAAUCAUCCUCGAUAAAGCAAUCGAUUAUCUGAAAUGCUUGAAGUACAAUGCUGAAUCCAUGUCAACAGAAGACCUCUGACAGCUCCAGCUCCAGCUCCAGCUCAUUCGAAGCUUUAAAUUGAACGAUCCUUCCAUACUGAGGUACACGGGAGCUUCUGUGCCGUUUUUCUAAUUUAGUCUGUGUCAUUUACUCAUCUGGCUAAGGAUAUGUUGUGUCAAGUGUCGAUUUCGAAUGUUUUUAGAGUGGUUUCUCAUAUGGGUCAUCUGAAACAGUUUUUGCGAAGUAUUCGAGUAACACACUUUAAGAGUCUAAGGUCGAGGAAUUCAGCUUAUAAGUGGGUCAGUCUAUCCAUGUUCGACGUUAUUAUCCUUUCACGGGGGAUUGUACAUAUUAUAUGUAACAUAAUUGCGUAAUAAACGCAUGAUGACUUCACGAGAGGUUUACAAACGGAGUGACUCAGUUCAAAUCAGGUGGUGAUGUUUUCGUAAGAAAGCAAGAGCCAGCCUCGUCGUUGACGAGUAACGAUGAGUUUGGCUUUUUGAGUUAUUCAAAAGUCUUAAAUUUGUACGCAUGGGAAUGACUAGUGCUUGGUUGUGCUGGAAAACAAAGAGGGACCCUGAACAUUUGAAUACAGAUAAAAAAGGAAGAGAAGACUAAAAUGGCUGCUUAAUAGCAUGCGCAUUGAGUACUUUUAAGACCCUACUUUCAUUUCUUUUUCAAACUUCUUUUUACCUCUUCCUCUUGAGCUUUCAGUUCUUCAAGUGGGUCCCAUUCCUUUUCUUUUCUUUCUCAGCCUGAAUUGAUUAGGCCCCAUGGGCAUGGCCUAUGCUUUCAUCAAAUCUUGUCUUAAAGUGUUGUGUUAGUGGUUUACUUAGUUAUAGUCAUGAGUUUGUCUGUAAUAUAGAAUUAUGUAUGUUGCAUUUGUGAGAUCUCUAUCUUAUCAUGUAUUGAACCUUGCUCAUUGUAGGACUCUUUCUUUUGAUGUACUCCUAUUUAUUGUAUUACUUUAUCAAUUUGUUUUGAA